AUGACUCCUCUAUUUGUAGUUCUAUAUAUUAUAUAUGUUACCAGUACUAUGACUCAGGGUGAAAAGAAUAUCAAUUACUGCGACAAUCACCAGGGUAACUAUGACAUGAAAUCCAUUCUUGGGACUUGGCACGUGGUUGCUUUGGUACCAGCUACAGGCUUCCCCAGGAUGAGGCAGAUCCUUUGCUACCAAAUGGACAUUAGUGAAACAGAUGAGGCUGGUCUGAGAUGGCUUGUCGGUAGAAACUUUAAUAAUCCUAGUCAAGAAUUCAUCGACAAAAUAAAAGGAACCAUUAUAAGACAGAGAUAUCACUCGGAAAAACCUUUUGAUAUUUGGUCGAAAGCAAUAAGAAGUGUAAAUGGAUGUUUUAGACAAUUGCUGUCAUUGGAAACUAAUAAUACGAGAAUUGCUGAUGCUGAAAAUCUGGAUACUAUGAUGCAAUUACAUUUGAUGGAGUUUAAUGAAGAGUAUGGUCCAAUUCUGGUACAAAUUCUAUGGGGAAGACUUAUAUCAGCUGUAAUUUACAGAAGAUCGCCUGGUAUAUCAAUGGAUCGUCUCCUUCCAGUUCACAAAUUCCUCACAAAACUUCGUGGUUUCCAACGAGAGCCAAGGAUUUGUGAUAGCCCCACAAAGGCCAUCUUACCUCCUACUUUCCAAAGACCCUGA